GCGCGGCGGCGGGAGGCGGCGGGAGGCGGGCGCUGUCCAUGGCCCUGCGGAGCGAGCGGGCUCCGCCGCGCCGCCGAGCGGAGCCAUGGGCAACACCGUGCACAAGACCCUGGCAGACACAAGCCACCAGACCCGCUCCGUCUCCAGCCGUCCCUAUUACAGUUUGCCCAACAGCAGCCAUGAGAGACGCUCGGUCCUCGCUAUCACGGAGCCGCCGCGGUUCCACUCCCAAGCCAAAGGCAAGAACGUGCGUCUGGACGCUCACUCCCGCAAGGCCACGCGGAGGAACAGUUUCUGCAACGGCGUCACCUUCACCAACCGGCCCAUCCACCUCUACGAGAAGGUCAGGCUGAAGCUGGUGGCUGUGCACCACGGCUGGAGCGGGGCCCUUCGCUUCGGCUUCACCAUUCAUGACCCAUCGCAGAUGAGCUCCGAUGAGAUACCAAAGUACGCCUGUCCGGACCUAGUCACCCGACCUGGAUACUGGGCCAAAGCUUUGCCAGAGAGGUUUGCUGUGAGAGACAAUAUCUUGGCCUUCUGGGUUGACCGUCACGGGAGAGUCUUCUACAGUAUUAAUGACGAGGAGCCAAUAUUGUUUCACUGUGGUAUUAAAGUUUCCGGUCCUCUCUGGGCACUCAUAGAUGUCUAUGGAAUUACCCAUGAAGUGCAAAUACUAGAUAGCAUGUUUGCAGAGACCAUGACCACUGCCCGUCUCAGCACGGCCCGUCUCAGCACUUGCCUUCCCCAGAGCAACCACGAUUCAGCCAACUUCAAUAACAACGAACUGGAGAAUAACCAAGUGGUGGCCAAAAUUGCAAACCUAAACCUAAGUCGGGUUCCAGGCCUUGGGACAGACAACCACAUCAUCCCCUGUUGCCCAAACCGACGCCAGCGUGCCCAGGGGGUCCCAGCCUUCCUGGAUACAGACCUGCGAUUCCACCCAACCCGGGGACCUGACAUCACCUUUUCUCAGGACCGGAUGGUUGCGUGCACCAACUGGCAAGAAAGCAAUAGGACUUUGGUGUUUUCUGACCGGCCUUUGCACAUCGGUGAAAGCCUCUUUGUGGAAGUAGGACAUCUUGGGUUGCCAUACUAUGGGGCCCUUUCAUUUGGCAUCACUUCUUGUGAUCCGAGUACUUUACGGACAAAUGAGCUCCCAGCAGAUCCGGACUUUCUCUUGGACCGCAAGGAGUACUGGGUGGUGUACCGAGCGUUCCCGGUCCUCAACAACGGUGACAUUCUCAAUUUCAUGGUCUUGCCGAACGGAGAGGUGCACCACGGGGUGAAUGGAACAAGCCGAGGAAUGCUAAUGUGCGUGGACACCUCACAGUCUCUCUGGGUGUUUUUUACGAUCCACGGUGUAAUCAACCAGCUCAAAAUACUGGGCACUGUGCAGUCCAGCCCAGUAACCGUCUCUCCCUCAGGAUCCCCCGGCGGCUCGCAGUACGACAGCGACUCGGACAUGGCCUUCAGCGUCAACAGGUCAUCGUCUGCUUCAGAGUCAUCGCUGGUGACUGCUCCCAGCUCCCCCCUGAGUCCCCCCAUCUCUCCCGUCUUCCCCCCUCCGGAGCCAUCAAGCAGCAAGAACGGGGAAUGCACUGUCUGCUUUGACAGCGAGGUGGACACGGUGAUCUACACCUGCGGACACAUGUGCCUCUGCAACACCUGCGGUCUUAAGCUGAAGAAGCAGCUCAAUGCCUGCUGCCCAAUCUGCCGACGGGUCAUCAAAGAUGUUAUUAAAAUAUACCGCCCUUAGCGCCCGGCUCGGGCUGUAGGAAGGGGGAACGCCGCUAGCAGUAACCAUGCCUUUCCGUCCCUGCUUAUGGGUUAUCGUGCUGGUCAGUCGUUAUCAAGUGGCUCGUUAUCUGUGUUUCCUUAUUUGACUGGUAGGGCACAAUUCAGGGAUACAAUUGAGCUGAGGAUCAUGUGGGGCCCCAAGGCAGGGCUGCCGUGCUGGCCAUGCUGUGUGCCCGUGGCCAAAUCCAGGGAAUUGUGGUCUGGACCCGACCCAGCUGCAAAUGAGAGAUUUCCUGUGCAAAGGCUCUUUUUUUCCUCCUCCUCCAGAGGAGGCUUGCUGUGGUGUGGGUCAGGAAGGGGAGGUUGCCACUUGGUCAUUGCCGGGUGCCACUGGGCUUCCCGACCCUGAAACCCCAACAGCUCUGGGCUGCUGCCGGGUGCUUGCGUUGUGGUGGGACAAAAUUAGGACAGGGCCCAGUGGGAGGGUUCGAAGUGGACAAAACUGAUCUGGAAAUGUCAUGUUCAUCCAUGUAAGGGGAACUAGCAAAGGGCAAAAUAGUAGCACAGCCAGAUUCUCACUUGUUUGGGUUUCGCCCCCCAAAGAAGAACAGGCUUCUGGGGCACAUGGACGAGCUGCUCUGGUCUUAGAUAAAGCAGUUUUUCCUUUCUGUGGCACAGCAAGGACUUUUGACCAGGGAGGCUGAGGCCCAGGGAGCAGCCAUGGGGUAGCAGUGAGGACCAUGAGUCCAUGGAAAGCCCCAGCCAGCCCAAGUGCUGCAGCAGGGAUGGGGCAGUGGCAGCGGCGAUGGGGCUGCUCAGGCACUGCCGAAGCCGUGAAGGGCAGCCUGGGGAUGGGACGGGUGUUUGGACGGGCACGCCGUGGUCCUGGCUUAGGAGAAGUGGGGGGCUAUUGCCAUCUGCAGUGAUGGCGUUUGUCACCUGCAGGCACAUGUGCCUGUAUUUUGCUCUGCUCCUUUUCCAGCUGCCGUCUCACACCGUCCUGACGUCCCCUAGCCCUUCUCCUGCAGGACUCAGCCUUCCUCCUGCCCCACCGCAGGCACUUUUUGGAGCCUGUGGGGAGAAAUUCAUUUCUGACCCAGUCCCAGCAGGCUCAGCUUUUUUUCUGGGGACUGUCUAUGUGCUGAUUUUUCCUGCUCUUUCUCCUGCCUUUCCAGGUUUCCCAGCACAGCUCCCAGCUGCCCAAACACUGGGUCCUGAUAGUAGAUGAGAACUUUUUGAGAUGAACAGGGAUCUAUCCCACUUGGCUUUUUUUGGGAGGAGGAAAGAAAAAGGCUCUGGGGCUAUUAUUAGAUGUUGGGACUUAAAAGGUAAAUGGGUUUCAGCUGUGAUAUUGUACAGCUACAAGCAGCAGCAACCUGGAUGAGCUGGGCAGCGUCUGAGCAGGCGGCAGCAGGGCUGGUGUGAGGAGCUUGGUGUCCUCCUCCAUUCUGCUCCCACAGGAGCUGCCCUCCAUCCUCCGUCCACUCCCACCAGUCCUCUCCGGUCCUUCAGCCCCAGCCUGGCCAGUUUCCAACUGGUCCAGGUUCAUGAAGAGGGGAUGUAAAUGGGAGGAUGAGAGUCAUUCUGGUGUCAUUCUAGCUGGAUGACCACGUGCCACCAAGUGCAUAAGAACGGCUUUCUUCAGAAAGGCGCAGUUAUGACAUUUUUAGUCCAAAAAAGAAUAGCAACCCCUGUACAUUUCAGGGCUUUUGGGCACAGAGGGGCAGCCUGACGUUGUCAGUGUCUCUCACUUCACCCUGUCUCAUCCAAGGUGCCAGUAGCCCUGGGUUCGCUGCCACCUCUGGUGGUGCUGCCUGGGUGGGGGUUUGGUGGCACGCUUGGUGCCCCACCGGCACUCAGUCCCAUCUUAGCCCUGCUCUGCCAUCACGCAGAGUGCACCCAGGGCUGCAGCUCAUCCUCCUCCCACUGUGGGCCAUGGCUGCUCAGCAGGCUGUUCCAGCAAGCCAGCUCACAGGGCAUGGAGAAAACUUUUCUAUUUUUUUCCUUGAGGAGCUAAUUAACAUUUUAAGCGUCUAAAUGAGAGGCUGCUGUGGAGUGAGAUCUCUCAGCUAUCGCCCUGCUGCACUGGCACAAGAGCCUGCUGGCUUUGCAGAGCCCUAUUUGGAUGCUCAGCCCUCAGUGGAGCCACCAGCUCUGCCUCCCUUCACAGACCAGGGUCCAGCUGUGGUCCUUGGGCAUGACACUAUGAAGCGUGAUGAUGGCAAAGUACGUUAGCAUGGCAUGAAAAGCCAGGUAGGUGGGUCAGCCCCUGCCGGGUAAACUUUGUGUGAUGAAGAAUUCAAGGAGCGUUGUCUGAAUCCACAGCAAGUCAUGUUAGCUGGGAUCAGGUCUGGGCUAGCAAAGGCCAACAGCCAUCCCUGGGGCUGCUGUCCUGGUUUCAGGGUUGCCCAGUCCCUUUUGGGGGCUGCACGCAGCUGCUAUGGGCAGAGCAGAGCCCAUUUGCUUGGCUGACACCUCAGGUCCUCAAUGAGGGGGACUAAUUGCAUACCUGGGGUGGGGUGUCUUUUUCAGUGUAGCUCUCUCUUCUUAUUGUUUUUUUUUAAGCCAGCAAGGAGAAAUACCGAAUCCACCCCAGGCUGUCCCCGAGCUGUUCAGGGCACGUUGCCCAGGUUGAAUUUUUGCUGUAGCAGCCACCACUGGUUUGCAGAAGGGCAGCAUCCAGCAGGGCCAGCAAGGGAGCCAGCUCAUUCAGGGGAGUGAGGGGGUCGGGGGCCAGAGUGUGGCCAUGCAGCCAGCGGGACGUGAGAGCAGUGGAUGUGUCCCCCUGCCUGUCCGAGAGCAACAGGAAUUUUUCCAAAAUAGGCCUCUUAUAAAAGAUUUCCAGGAAAAGGUAGCCUCUUACAGAUUUAAUUGUUAGUACUCGUAUUGCUAUUUUUUUUAAACAGUCCGAUGAUAUAUGAUUUGUACAGGAGAUCUGUUUGUGCCUUAUAAGGGUGUCUGUGCACUUUUUAUCCUUUUUAAAGCAACUUUUAAAAAGAAAAAAAAAAAAAGGGAGGGGAGAAAAACAACACAGAUCAAUGGUAGUUUUAUAGAAUUUUGUGUUCACUGAGAAUCCUGCUUUUUUUAGAUAUAUAUCUAUAUACUGGAGUGAAACAGUGUUUAUUUCCAUGGAAUUCCCCCCCGCCUCUCCUCCUAACCUAUUUGUUUAAAAAUUUAAAAAAUGAAGAAAGAAAGAAAGAAAAAGAAGAGAUGGGGGAACUCUUUUACCUUCCCCCUUUCCGAGACAGUUCCUCUCUUAUUGUUACCUUUAUGAUUCAAUACUGUGACCUGUACAUCAUGUUUAAGCUGAAUCAGAUUUUGGACCUCUGUAUUAGGCUUUUCAAGCAAACCAUUUGGGGGGCCGGGGGGGGAGGGCAUCGCACGAGGGAGGGAACUGCACUUCUACAUGUCAGUGCUCUAUAGCGUUGUGUUCAGUGCUGUGUGUUUUACUUUUGUCCAUUUACCUGUUUUACAUUAAUAUAAUUUUACUUGUUUAUGAAACAAAUAAAACUUUGGCUUGUAA